GCUAUUUAUAUUUUAUUCCAUUUGACAGAUGGUUCACGAUCAACGUCUCUUCCGUACACUACUAUCGUUUAAUGAUGAAUACCACCAAAAUAGGACCCAAACCCCCACCUGUUUUAUCCUUGACUGACGACGACCAUGUUGAAAAUCUUGGUAUUCUUCCCCUAUUGAAACUGAGACUGGGAAAUAUCGUGGUAGUGGAUGGAGGACGCUCUAAUUUAGAGAAAGACUAUGGAAAAUCCUUGUUGAUUGCUCUGAAUUUGGCCAGGGAAAAGCUAGGAUGUUCAUUUUCAGCUGUGGAUGGACGAGAUAUAGCAGAGGAUAUUCGUGAUAACUUCGUGGAGAGGAGCCCCGGGUCACAGCCGAGCAAUUACAAAUUCAAAGUACAUUAUUAUGACAAGAACGUUAACAGCGACGGUAAGACUAAAGUUGGAGAAGGAGAAAUUCUGUACAUAGUCCCCAGGCACCCUGACAAAGCAGUGAAAACUACACCUUAUGUGACCUGGGAAGAAGCAUUACGUGACAUGGAUGAAGACCUGGAGGCUGGUCUUUGGGGGGCUGGUCCCGAGCUGUCAUCGGAGGAAGCUAAUCGCUUGACGUUCUGUUGCUGUAAAUGUUGCCAUCGAAAUACAUGUCGCAGCUUGUCUGAGGCGUUAUGUGGGGUUUUCCCACAGCACUCUACCAAUCAUCAGUUCUUUACACCAGCAAUGUUCGCCGCCUACCAUAGGGAAGGAUAUCGAGCUAGUAUGGAGGCGAAAGUAGCCGAGUUUGUGUCCAAUAGGCAGCAACCAUCCGCUUUAGGGACUAUCUUUGUAAAGUUCACCAUGCAUCAGUAA